GGUGACUGGCAGUUUGAAUAAGAAGCGGGUCCAUCAGAAGAUACAUUGAUACAUUCGGGAUAAUAAUGAACGACAUACAAAAAUAGACAAUAGCUACCAAUCAUGGAGACGGGUAGAAACAUCUGACUUUAUGUAUUUUCUAUAAGUUUCAUCGAUCACUGUUGAUAAAUUGUAUCUGGGCCUUGAUAGAAUAAGCACAGUUAAACAAAAGGUCGAGCUAUCUGGCUACAGUUAACGGUGGGUCGGCAACGACUAGUGCAUUUGAAAAAUACAGUCUAUGAUUUGAACACUCCUUUGCCCGUUAAUAUCACUUAAGUUUCGUUAAUAUCUAUAAUCGUAAAUGAAUCCAACAAAGCCGGUUUUUAUGAAGACAUACGGUAAGGAGAGGCGAAUGAAGUCCGCCUGGAUCUUACCGGAUAACCGAAAGAGGGACUUCGACAGCACACGCUCAACAGACGGGGACAGCUUCGUCGCUGAACCCUCAAAACCUCCGAGGAACAGAGAGAAGAAGACUAGUGUUGCUGUUCGUAGAGAGCGGACUUGUGCAAAAAAAACAACUAAGAAAUGUCUGACUGAGAGGAGCUUUAAUGAGGAGAAUAUCCCGUGUCCUCAGCGUUCUCAGAAGAGCAAGACAACCAGUGGGAGAGCAGUCCGUAUUGCCAAGACAAAAGCCCUGUUGUUAUUAUGUCUGGAAGACACCAGCAAUGAUGAAGAAGAGAACAUCAGCACACCCUCUUCUCCGUGUCCUCGGCCCGCUCAACAGGUCAAGAAAACCAGUGGUAAUCUUCCUUCUGUGAGCCGCUUUGUAACCCGCCGUGAAACCCGCUGCAGAUGUGCCCCUGCCACCACACCCAAAAAACCUGAAGCAACUUUCACUAAUAUACUCAACUCUUCAAAGGAGUUUACUACUCCUGGUAGGAUUUUCCGGCCUGCUAGGAGGAGGGUCCUUCCGUCAUUUGCGGAGAACUCUGUGAAUGUUGCAGCGCCUGCCAGCUUUUCCCCCAACCCGUUCCAGGAGGUAUCCCUGAAUGAGUCAACGGAGCACAGCCUCGCAGCCUGCCCCAGGAAACCCAUCUUCUGCUCCACACCCUCAGCAGGAUCCUUCAUCAAACGGCCACACCGUGAACCCCUGUCAGUCACCGAUCAAUCUUCCACCCUUCCAUUCCUUUCAGUUAGUGGUGUAGGUGUCACAUUCCAAGAAGACUUGGCUUCACCAGGGCGGCCCUUCUCCCCACCAUGUUCUUCACCAUCCCUUGGGCUUCAUUUGGAGGAGAAGCCAAAGUCAAGUCUAUGUGAACAAAAAGCAGACCUGGAUCACCAUGAAGAACUUUCUGAUGAUUUGCUUGUGGAGAGCAAAGGAAGCAGCUGUGGUGAGGGAGCCAAAAAGCCCAGUGAAGACAUAAAGAAAAAAGAUUUUGGGGAAUUACCAAGUCUAAUUCAGCUUUCUACCGAUGACGGCAAUCAAUUUGUAUCAGCAGCAGAAGGGUUAGAGUUUAUGAUCGAUGCUCUGAAGGAGCAAUGUUUGACAGAGCGCUGCACCGUGUACUUGGAAAGAUUUGGCAACCUCACUAUUUCUCUGCUAUGCGGUAAAACAACCUUCUCAUCCGGUUUGGCAGAUACAAGCAUAGCCCACAGUCUCCUAACAAGUGAACAUCCAUCAUCCGUGGAUGGCUGUCAACCUGUGGACCCCUCACAGUCUUUAGUACCAUCAUUUCAUCUCUUAGUAUCUGCAUCUUCAGGAACUGACAGUCAAAGCUCUAUCAGUUCUCCAUCAGCUGAGCUCUCAUCCACUCAGACAUCCAUGGAGAAGCUUGCGUCAGUUCUAGAAGUUGAGUCGACCCACGACAACAACAGCAGUGUUGAGUUUAUCAUGGAAACACAAUUACCAGCCAACCACAUAAAGGAUGAAUGUGUUAAUAAGAAAGUCACAGUUUCAGUCAGAAGGUCAGAUGCAAACAAGUCUGGAAAUGACAAAACAUUUGACAUUAAGGACCCAGAAGGUUCAGGAGAAAUCCCUGAGGGAGGGGUGGCGUCUGUUAGACAUUCAAUAAACAACAGCGGCCCAGUAGAUCAGACACAUUCUAAUGACAGAGAAGCAGAAGAAAAAGCAGCACUGAUCGUAACAGUCCUUAAGGAGCGAUGUCUUAGCGGCAAUGUCAAGGUAAAGAGAUGGACUAGAUCACAACUAAGAGAAUGUCUGCAGCUCAAAGACACAAUGCAUAAAUCACCCACAGUUGUGGCAGACUUGAACAGUGAUGACCAGCCACAGAAUGCGGGGUCUGAAAGUGACACUAAACAUUGUAAUAAAGACAUUUCUGCCUGGAAAGCCAAUGUAAAAAAGAGGGGAACAUUGUGCUCAACUAGCUCUCAGGACAAGAUCUUAAAGAAUGUCCCCAAAGGAAAAAUGAUGUCUCUGGCUCCUAAAGAAAAGAAAAGGAAGAGCAUGGACCGACCUGGGACGACAAGGAAGGCAUGUGUCAGCGGUCUGAGUGUGAGUCGCUGGAAGAACAAAGGCGGCUCCAGCAAACAGAAGGUCAGAGGCAGCACUGCACAGGCGUCUGGAAACACAACGGUGGACUGCAGCUUCAACGAGCUGAUGUCCACACAACACAAAAAAUCAGGGGAGCCGUCUGGAAACAACAUGAAUUUCUUCACCCCGGUGAGAGAGGCAAAGCUUAACCUCUCGUAUCUGUUGGCUGACCUAACACCCAACACACACACCUGGAGCCGACUCAAAGCUGCCCUCUCUGUUCAUCGCAAGGGCAUGGUAAAACAUACUCUGGGCAGUUUACGCCUUUCGGAAUCAAGUGUGGGCGCUGCAGAUUUAAGCAAGGACCUCUUUGCUACUCCCUUUCGAACACCGUUUCCCAAACACCUCCGGUCACAGCUGCAGAGCUGCGAUUCUCCGCUUGUGUGUGAGGAUGCUGAUCUGUCAGAUGCAGAGAAGGUGUAUGCUGAGUGUGACCAGCCCCGCGCUCUGCCCUGGGAGGAGUGUAUACUCCCUCAACGUAUGAAACAGUGUGUGAAGAUAGGAGAGGGGACCUUCGGGGAGGUCUUCUCCACCACCAACGCCUUAGGGGACAAAGUUGCACUCAAAAUCAUUCCAGUAGAGGGCAGUGAGAAGGUAAAUAGAGAGGACCAGAAGACAUACGGAGAGAUUCUCCAUGAGAUUAUUAUCUCAAAGGAUCUGAGCAGCCUAAAAGACAAGCAGCAGAACAAAACUCACGGAUUUAUCGGACUCAACGAUCUCCACUGCGUUCAAGGCUGCUACCCUCCAGAUUUCAUGAAUGCUUGGGACACCUUCGACGAGAAUAAAGGCUCUGAGAACGACAGACCAGAUUUCUUUGAAAAGGAUCAGUUAUUCAUCAUCUUUGAGUUUGAGUUUGGAGGCACCGACCUGGAGAACAGCAAUGGAAUGCUGUCGUCUUUGUGCGUGGCAAAGGGCAUCCUUCAUCAGGUGACCGCUGCCUUGGCUGUGGCUGAGCAGGAGCUACACUUUGAACACAGGGACCUCCACUGGGGCAACGUGCUGGUCCAAAUAACCAAGGAGAAGAGCGGGAGCUUCCUGCUGAACGGAGCAGCCCACUCUCUGGAAACCAAAGGGGUGUUGGUCCGCAUCAUUGACUACUCUCUCUCCAGACUAGAAAUCGAUGGUCUGACGGUCUCCUGCGAUAUCUCGAACGAUGAGGAACUCUUCAUGGGCCAGGGAGAUUACCAGUUUGAGAUCUACAGACUAAUGAGACAGGAGAAUGGAAACAACUGGAGUAACUACCACCCCCACUCCAACGUGCUGUGGCUGCACUACCUGUGCUCCAAGCUGCUCUCCAUGAAGUACCAGAGCAUGAGAGGGAGGGGGGUCAAGGGAAUGCGAGAGCAGCUCACUCGUUUCUAUGACAACGUCCUCCAGUACAGCUCUGCGAUGGAGGUGCUGCAAAAGUGCCCCAUGUUACAGUAGUACGUGAGCACUGAACACAGUACUUUUUUUUUUACUAUGAGAGGUAUGAGUUCCAUAAAUACAUUUGUGUCGUUUCUUUCAGAUAUGGAAAGUUAAGACCGUUGUUUCUGUUCUUGUAGCACAAUCUAAUGUAAAAUGUUUCAGAAUUUUACUAAGGUUAUUAAAGUAACCGUUUGAAAAAAGUAUUCUUGUGUCUUUAAUUGAAUUUUAAAGUGUAAUAAUGCCUGUUCUUCCACUGAUGUAUUUUUCUUUUAAUAGCUGAUAGCUAAUAGUUCAUUUUGUUACUGUAUUCGUCCAUAAUACAUACUGUAUAUAUGCAGAUCAAAAUAUUCUUAAUCAAUAAAUUGUAUCUGAUUGUUAAAACCAUCUAAAAGUUGUAUGUGAUCACAAUUUGUGCAAUAAAAAAUAAUGAUGUUUUAUUAUUAAUAAACUAACCAUU